CCUGCUUCCUGGCUCUCGGGUGCAGUGCUGCUCUUUGGGUGCCCCACGUAGGAGCAAUGUGGCUUGCCUGGCAGAUAUUAGUCUGAAUUUCCAGUUUGGAAAUAGAAGAUGUCCAGCAUUUGCAGCAUUUUGCUUUUAUAUUGAAUUUGAAAAGAUGCCUGUACUUGAAGUUGACAAGUCACCAGGAUUGUAAGAAGGCCUCUGAGGAUACUGAGGGAAGUAAACAAAUGGCAAUUGUGCAGGCAUUGACCAUAAUCAUCAGAUUCUCCAUAGAUCCAGGGGGAGUGCCAGAGGACUGGAGAAUUGCACAUGUUACAUCCCUGUUCAAAAAAGCGGCAUAAGCCAGGCCAGGCAGUAUAACCUCAGAAACUCACAAUCCAGGACAAAAUUAAGUGAUAUGGACACAUGUGGAUUAAUUAAGGGAGGCUACCACAGAGCAUCAGAACCUGGGAACGGCGGUCACCACAAUGGCUGAAGGUCCAAACAGGAGAGCGAACCCAACAUCCUCAGCAGGAAUGAGAACGGGCACUGAUCCGAGCUCCACUAUCACUGAAUUCUUGAAAAAGUGCAACGAUUACCAGCUGUUCCACUUGACAAAAUUCUACAGGGACAGACUGGAACAGGCGAUUGAAGAAGGGGUGGAUGGAGUCAGCUCAUUGUUAACAUACGAGAGGAUUUUCAAUGGACAUGAACAUCGGAAAGUCACUGAGCUCGUGAAGAAGGGAAACCGGUCAGACAGUUCCAACCUGCUCCUAAAUCUGGUGAUGGAGAAAGGUUCUAGGGCCAGAAGGGCGAUGUGGGAAUCCUUUGUGAAAAUGCACCAUGGGGUACCAAAGUUGGAUAAAAUACUGAAAGAAAUACAGAAACUUGGUUCUGAUUCAUUUGUUUAUAUGAACUUGAAGCCAGAAGUAUCCGAAAUACCCAGUCACCUGAAAGAUGUUCAGAAGAAACACAAGGAAACACUCCAGGUACAAACUGAAACACUAAGAGUGAACACUAUCCUAUUAAAGGAGAAGGUUAAGAUUUUCCAGCUGAUUGAUCAAUAUGCUGAGCUAACAAUCAUUUCUAAGGUUCGAGACCGGACACUUGUAGAACAUGAACUGCUGGCAAGAGGCCGAGACCAUGAAGAGUGGAGAGAGAAACAUCUCCGGAGAGAACUGGAAAAAAUCCGAACUGAUCAAUUGUUCCAGAUCAGUUUUUCCCAGAGAAAAUCAACAUCCGGGAGAUCAGCAGCAGUGAGUGGAGUCCCGGGUGUCGGAAAAACCACAAUGGUACAAAAGAUUCUUUAUGAUUGGGCCACUGGGAAAAUAUACCCACAGUUUCAAUUUGUUUUCAGUUUUAAAUUCCGGGAUUUGAACAAUAUUAACUGCAGAAUAAACCUGAGGAAUCUGAUACUGUUUUUCUAUCCUCACUUUGGGAAUGUUCUGGUAGAGCUAUGGAAGAACCCAGAGGAAUUGCUGUUUAUAUUUGAUGGUCUGGACGAAUUCAAGGACAGGAUUAAUUUUGCUGACAAUUGGAGAAAUAUAGAAUCUCAGUCCAUGUGCACAGACCCUGAAGGCUGGUGUGAAGUGUCUGACAUUGUGUACAGUUUAAUACAGCACAAGCUGCUCCCAGGAUGCUCAGUGCUAGUGACCAGCCGCCCCACUGCAUUACAUUUAUUGGAAACGGCUGAGAUCAAUGUCUGGGCUGAAAUCCUGGGAUUUGUUGGUGAUGAACGGAAGGAAUAUUUCAACAAGCUUUUUGAAGACCAGGCAGUGGCAGCAGCUAUUUUCAAACACGUAGAGGAGAACGAGAUCCUGUACACCAUGUGCUACAACCCUUCCUACUGUUGGAUCCUCGGUCUGUCACUGGGUCCCUUUUUUACACAAAGAGACAGGAAACCGCAGCGAGUUCCAAAGACCAUCACCCAACUAUAUUCCUACUAUAUUUACAACAUUCUGAAAAACCAUGGCCGAGAGAUUGAAAGCCCUCGUGACGUGUUCCAGAAGCUUGGUGAGAUGGCCUUCACAGGAAUCUGUGAGAAGAAGAUUGUGUUCAGGAAUGAAGAUUUGAUCAAGUACAAUCUGCAACCUUCCCGGUUCCUGUCUGGGUUCCUGAUGGAACUUUUGGAGAGAGAUGAUUCUACCCAGAGUGUGGUUUACACAUUCCCACACCUCACAAUCCAAGAGUUUGUAGCUGCACUCGCACAAUUCCUGACUUCAGAACCCGGGGACAUCGGGAAAAUCCUCAAUGAAGCCUACAGCAAGGAAGAUGGGAGAUUUGAGAUAUUUCUCCAUUUUGUUGCUGGUCUCUCCUCCCCACAGGCAGCUCGGCCCCUGCAGGAGUUUCUGGGCCCAUUUCUUCAUCAAACAACCUAUCAAGUGAUUGACUGGGUGAAGGAGAAGAUUGAAGGACAGAUUGAAAACUUAUUGAGUACAACUAGUAAAAGGAACCUCCUGAACAUAUUUCACUACCUGUUUGAGUCUCAGAAUAAAGCACUGGCUCAGGCCACAGUGGGGUCUGUGGAAACACUUAGAUUUAGAGAAUUGCGACUGACCCCAAUUGACUGUGCAGUUCUGUCUCAUGUCAUUGGACUCUGUAAUACAGUAAUACACCUCAAUCUACAGAUGUGCUACAUUCAGUAUGAAGGGCUCCAGCGUCUGGUAUCCGUCCUGCAUAAAUGCCAAGAUUUGAGACUGGGUGACAAUAACCUGGGAGAUUCAGGAGUGAAACUACUGUCUGCGGUUCUGAGCAAUCCGGACUGUAAAAUACAGAAACUGUGUCUGCAUUGUAAUGCUCUCACUGAUUCUUGCGCCAUGGAUCUUGUCUCUGCUCUGGGAACAAACCAGUCACUGACGAAUCUGGACCUGAGUGAUAAUAACCUGGGAGAUUCAGGAAUGAAACGAUUGUCUGCGGCUCUGAAGAACACAGAUUGUAAAAUAGAGAGACUGAGUCUGUAUGGUAACGCUCUCACAGAUUCUUGUGCUGAGGAUCUCGCCUCUGUUCUCAGUAUAAACCGGUCACUAACAGAUCUGGACCUGGGUUGGAAUAACUUGGGAAAUUCAGGAGUGAAGCUAUUGUCUGUGGCUUUGAGGAACCCAGGCUGUAAAAUGCAGAAACUGCAUCUGUACGGUAACAAUCUCACUGAUUCUUGUGCCGAGGAUCUCACCUCCGCUCUCAGUACAAACCCGUUACUGACAGAUCUGAACUUGCAAUCAAACUCCUUCACGGACCAAUCUGUCCCCGCCCUCCGCCAUCUCAUCCUGACCAAUGGGACUCUGGAGCGUAUCAGGCUGUGUGACAAUCAGUUCAGUCAAAAUGGGAAUAAACAGCUGAAGCUGCUGCAGGAUACAAGACUCAGACUAAAUGUGAUAGUGUGAGAAUUUCAAUUGAUAAACGUUACCAUUCUCAUCAUAUGAACAUUCUUGUCUGAUUUUCUGUCCCUUCCCUUUAACCGGCCGCAAUCCAGGCUUAAAUCCCAGUGGCCGAUUCCCAGUUUCCAGCUCGAGCUGAGUGAGCGUCAUCUCCCAUUGUGACGUCAGAGGCCCAGCAACAGGGACAUGAGACUCAGCCGCCCGACCCCACAGGUGCUGCUUCUGCAUGAUAUCUGAAUGUUCCCCAAUGGGGCACUGGGGAAAUGUACAGACAGGAAAGAUCCAGACCGGGGAUCAGAAUGGGCAGCAGUGGGACACCGACAAUUAAACUCAGUAUUCCUGGGUUCCUGCUCAGUAUCAGUGCCCAGUGACCCUGCUGGGAAGUGAAUCUGUGUGGGUUCAGGAUGGGUACAGGGUGAUCUGUUGGGAUAGGUUAGCUGGGAUAGUUCCCACUGUCCAGAAGGAACAAACACCCACUUAAUGGGGUGACCCAGGGAGAGUAUCCUGUUUUGGAGAUUGUACAACUGGGGAAUUGUACUGAAAUUAUCAAUGCUUCUGCUUUCCUGGAUAAGAAAACAACAGUUGUUGAGACAAUGUUUUUAAUACAGACUCUCCCCUGUGACAUUGUUGUCAUUUACACACUGUAGUCUGAUUUUCUAAACAGCUGGAAUGACACAGAGUGCUGGAGGGUGUCAAAUAAAGAAGCUGACCUGGUAAAUUCACCUGUCAGCUCAAAGAGUAACAGGUGGAAGUUGAGUGACCCAGUGUAAACUACACUGCAGUAAAUGGAGAGUAGGGACUCGCAACCUGAACCACUGAGGGCCUAAAGCAUGGUUUGUGGUCUAAGCACAGAGCAAGGUCAUCAGCAUUAAACCAGAGGGAAGGUAGUUUGAUGUUCUGGGUCAGGUUCCUUAUGAUGUAGCUCUGGUGUAAUGAUACUAUUUUCCAGAUAAUGAUGGACCUGCUGUACAUUACAUUACUUCCUGUUUUAUUUUAUAUUCCCCAUCAUAUUCAGUUUGUUUAUUCUCUCCUCAAUUUUGUACAAUAAAUGGUGGAGUUUCACUGCAUCCAUCAGACUUCAGAAAUCAAAAAACGGAAACCGAUAAUUUAUAAUCAGCAAAGACCAGCUUGGAACAACAAGCUCACACAAGAAAGAUAGAUAUCACCUGCGGACAAGAACAGGCUGACAGAACAAGAAACAGAGGGAUAAGUCUCUAUGGUUAAAUGUAAAAAUCAUAACUAAAAAAUGCCAAAUUAAUCACCAUAUAGUCAGGUGAAUGAGUACAUAUAUCUUGGAGAGAACAGAUAAGGGGAAGAAAUUUAAAAAAAAAAACAUGUUUUAGAGCAGAAACGAAA